AUGUCAUAUUCGAACGCUAUUCCAAAGUUGGCAUCAUCACGCCAUCCCAAUAUUAAUUUAAAUAAUGUCACUUCGGUACCGGUAAACAUCGCGGUAACUGCUCGUUCGAAAAUAUGCAUAGUUGUUGCUGUUACUGGUGUAGUAGUCCUUAUUGCGGCUUCAUUUAUCGUACCAGUAUCCCUUGCGCUUACUCAUACAGGACCAUUCGCAACAACCAGCUUAUCGAGAACAACUGCAACUACGAGAACAACUGCAACUACGAGAACAACUGCAACUACGAGAACAACUGCAACUACGAGAACAACUGCAACUACGACAACAACUGCAACUACGAGAACAACUGCAACUACGACAACAGCUGCAACUACGACAACAACUGCAACUACGACAACAGCUGCAACUACGACAACAACUGCAACUACGUCAAGAACGACUAAUAGUGAACCAUCUGAAUGCUCAUCUUAUACAAUAAUCAAUGAUGUGACGCGUUUAACAACAGCCGCUGCUGGAAGUCAAUGCGAUAGAACUCUAUUCAGCUUAAAUACGACCUGGGUUCGAUUUAAUGGGGCUGGUGGAACUAAAUUAGCAACAUCUGCUCCAGCUUCAAAUCAAUGUGAUACUCAAGGUACUGGUUGGUAUUCAGGUUCACUGCCAGCAUCAGGUGUCUCUAAUAAUGGAACGGUAUGCUACGUUUGGAGGUCGAACAAUUGUAAUUGGUCAAAUACGAUUCAAGUAACAAACUGCGGUUCAUUUUAUGUAUGGGGUCUUAUUAUUCCACCGAGUUGCAACCUCCGUUAUUGUACUGCAUAA